CUAAAAUCGUUAUCAGUGCAUUUUCACUACUCGCUACCCGUCCACGCCCCUCCCGUGGGAAACGAUAUGCCUUGGGCGGCGGACAAGCCCCGCGGGGAGAAGCGCAAACUCUACAGGAAAAUAUUCGAAGAAUGCGACGCGGACGGCAACUCGCUGAUUUGCCUCGACGAGCUGGACAACUUUUUGCGUUCGAGCGGCCGCGGGUUGCCGCGGGACGUUGUCCGUUACGUGCACGAUCUCGCGGACAAGGGCGGGAACAGGACGCUCGAUUUCGACGAAUUCGUCGACCUGCUGGAACAUCCCGAUUGGCAACACGUCUUCGAACGUUGGGUCAACAGUUACGUGCACUUCUUGGUCCCCUGCCCGAAGGGGGCGGCCGCCCUGGUACCCGCCGCUCCGACCACCGAUUACGCCAGGGUUUACCAGCGGGAUUCGCUCGACUACGCGGACGAGUACACGUGCAGGCCGCCGCCCGUCGCCAUGCUCCUCAUCACCCUGCUCGAGGUGGCGUUGUUCCUUACCGACGAACUGACGCAAAAAGGUUCGACUAUGAGAGGGACCGGAGUAACCGCCGACCUAUUGGUUUACGAUCCUGCCAAACGUUCGCAAUGUUGGAGAUAUUUAACCUACAUGUUCGUUCACGUCGGAUACGUCCACAUCACGGUGAACAUGCUCGUCCAGCUGACGCUCGGCGUCCCGCUCGAGAUGGUGCACAGGUGGUGGCGCGUCUUGUUGGUGUACCUCCUGGGGGUGGUCGCCGGCUCUCUCACCACUUCCGUGGCCGAUCCCCGGGUUCGACUCGCGGGCGCUAGCGGCGGCGUCUAUGCCCUGAUGACCGCGCACAUCGCGUCGAUCAUAAUGAACUGGCGCGAAAUGCAAUUUGCCGCCGUUCGCCUGUUCAUAUUCGGCAUCGUCGUCAGUUGCGACGUCGGCAGCGCCAUCUACGACAGGUACUUUCUGAACGUCGACCAUCAGGUGGGAUACGCCGCACAUUUCGGUGGCGCGGUUGCCGGUUUGCUCGUCGGCAUUUACGCCCUCAGGAAUUUGAACGUGACGAAAGCGGAGCGGUACGUCUGGUGGCUCGCACUGGUGCUCUACGUCGCGCUCACGCUCGUCGCCAUCUUGGUCAACGUUACGUUCCCGUCGCGGUAUCCCGCCGCCCCAUAAAUACUCGACAGAUUUUCUCGUGUUUAAUAAAGGU